AUGUCCGCACCAUCCACAACCGGCCCCAGGAUGACGCACCCUCUCCCGCUGAGCUCCACCCUACACGACCUCGCUCUGCUCCGCGCGUCGGACCUCGACCUCGGCACGCUUCUCCCCUCUCCCACCACGACAGACGAGUCUACGGCGCCGGACGAGGUGGAAGCGAGCGCCGCGCGGUCGCGAGAGUUCGCGAAAGAGGCCCGAGCCGCGCUAAAGCUGGCGAACACGGACGCGGCGGAGCGGGAGGGUGCGCGCGUCGACGGGAUACGGGCGCGGUUGGAGGAUGCCUUGGAGGGCGUGGAUGGCAAAGACCUGUAG